CAGGAAGAGUGGGAAAGCUGAGCUGCAGAGGGCUGGAGCUGCGGAAAGGAGAGGAGUGGACACGGGCUGCAGCGGACCCCGGGUACCUGCAGCCUGAGUGCGGGCGGGAUGAGAGGCGGGAGUCGAGGGUGCUCCGGUUGACUGAACGAGGAAGGUUGAUAUUUGCACGAGUCGUGGUCUGAGAGAAUAGUCACACACACACACGCACACUUACUCACUCACACAUCUUAAGAACAGCGGGAGAUGCAUUACGUCAUAGCCUCCCGUCGCCCUAGAUGACCGCGCGCGCAGGACGGGAUGAUGCAGGGCUGCAGGACUAGACCGGGAACGGAUUCCGCUGCUGCUGCUGCCGCUGCCACUGCUGCUCUCGAGCGCCCGGUGGCGGUGUCUCGACCUGACGAGGGAGAAGGGGAGCCGCCGUCGCGUGGCCGCCGGCUCUGAUGGCUCCUCGCGCCCCGGGCGGGAAAGAGACACAGCAGUCGCCGCGGCGCGAGAGGGAAGGGGACAGCAGGUAUCUGGGAAGUGACGUGGUAUCCGCGCCCCGCGAGCAAGCACCACGGUGCGGUUGUCGUGCUUUUCACAGGAGGGCAGGAGCGGGAAGGGGAACAUGGCCGCGCAGUCGGACGGCGGUAAAGCCGGGGUCGGGUGCGGCGGCGGCGGCAGCGGGUUCGCCCAGCUGUAUGAUGUUGACGCUGAGGAGCCGCUGGACUCCGCCGCGAUCCACAUCUGUCAGUGCUGCCGCUCCUCCGCUUGCUACUGGGGCUGCCGCUCAGCCUGCCUCGGCUCUCUGCUCGGCGGGGGCCAGCCUGCCGGAGGGGUCGGCAUCCGGGAGACUCACUGCCCACCCCGGGAGCAGCUGUGGCUGGACUGCCUCUGGAUCAUCCUCGCCCUCCUUGUCUUCUUCUGGGACGUUGGUACGGACUUGUGCCUGGCGGUGGACUACUACCGAAGGCAGGACUACCUCUGGUUCGGCCUCACACUCUUCUUCGUGCUGGUGCCGUCGGUGCUGGUCCAAAUUCUGAGUUUCCGCUGGUUCGUUCAGGACUACACCGGCGGGGGGCUCGGGGAGGUGGAGGGGCUGACUAAGCGGGGCGCGGUGGCUCUGGGGUGCCUGUAUCCCGGCAGGGACCGCCUGCAGCUGGCCACCAUCUGGCUGUGGCAGGCCACCAUACACAUCCUCCAGCUGGGACAAGUGUGGAGGUAUAUCAGGACGCUGUAUCUGGGCGUCAUGUCACGCCGGCAGAAGGAGCACCAGCGACGCUGGUACUGGGCCAUGAUGUUUGAAUACGCAGACGUCAACAUGCUGCGGCUGCUGGAGACUUUCCUGGAGUCUGCACCUCAGCUGGUCCUGCAGCUCUGCAUCAUGAUCCAGGAGAACCGAGCCGAGACGCUGCAGUGCAUCUCCUCCCUCGCCUCCCUCCUGUCACUCGCCUGGGUUCUGGCCUCCUACCACAAACUGCUGCGGGACUCGCGUGAUGACCAGCGCAGCAUGAGUUAUCGCGGGGCGCUGCUACACCUCUUUUGGCGCCUCUUCACCAUCUCAUCCCGCGUCCUCUCACUCGCCCUCUUCGCCUCGCUCUUUCACAUCUACUUCGGCAUCUUCGUGGUGGUCCACUGGUGCGCCAUGGCCUUCUGGGUGGUGCACGGUGGCACCGACUUCUGUAUGUCCAAGUGGGAAGAGGUGCUCUUCAAUAUGGUGGUCGGCAUUGUCUACAUCUUCUGCUGGUUUAACGUGAAGGAGGGCCGGACGCGCUACAGAAUGGUAGCGUACUACAUCGUGGUGUUGGCAGAGAACACCAUCCUCACUGGACUGUGGUACGCCUACAGGGACCCAGUUCUGACCGACUCCUACGCUGUCCCAGCACUGUGCAGCGUCUACCUGACGUUCGCCGGUGGGGUCCUGGUCAUGCUGCUGUACUAUGGCUUUCUGCACCCUGCCAUUGCCCACCUCCAGCCAAGCCCCGCCUCGUCUUGUUGCGCCCAGCUGCUAUGGGGUCUACCCCUGCCCCCGUCGGCCCCGCCUACAGCCCCGCCCACCCCAGCCCACAUGACCAAGUCACUGACAGAGGAGGAUGUGGCCGAGACGUGUCUUCCUGUCUUCCAAGUGAGGUCAGUACCUCCCACCGCCAAGCCUGAGGGCCCGCUUAUAAAGAUCGACAUGCCCAGGAAGCGUUAUCCGGCGUGGGACGCUCACUACGUAGACAGGCGCCUGCGGAGGACUAUAAACAUCCUGCAGUACAUAACGCCGGCCGCUGUGGGCAUCCGCUACCGAGAUGGACCCCUGCUGUAUGAACUGCUGCAGUAUGAGUCCUCACUCUGACACA